GCUAAUUCAGAACUACAGCUUCAAACGGGAGAACAGCGUUUUGGAAGUCGUGUUGUAAGUCAUGCGAGUUCAUUUGGCGACAGUGAAACAACCGCUAUUGAGAAACAGCGUCUGAAGAUCAUCACCAUUUAACAUUCAUACAGUCUACGUAGGUGUUUUGUGUAUAAAUGGCUGGCAGAGGUACAAACGGUCGUCAUGGUUUGCGGGGCCACGCAGGGAGAACCGCAGCUUUAGCCCUGCUGGUUCAUAAGGAAUGCACUCAACUCCUGGAGUUAUACAGAAACAGUGAAUCAUUGCCAUCCUCACCGGUUGACGAAGGUUACUUAGUGUCUAUUCCUCCACUGGUUCCUCAGUUGUCAGAUGCAGAAAAAAUAUCUCUCCUGCAUGCUGCGCUCAAGGAGUGUCUGCGACUUCUGGAAGAUGUCAUUACGCGGGAGGACGCAGAAUUUUCCGACGACGACGAAGAAGACAGCGAGUACAAGAGAAAACGGAAAACUGUGAGGGAUCGUCUGGGGCACCUGUUGACCAGCACAGAGCAGCUACUAGUGAACGGCCCAAAAUUUGAAGCUAAAGUUAAAGAGGAGCUGGAUGGUCAGGCAGACAGCGGGAGUUUCGGUCUGAAGAUGUGGAUUGUGCGAGUGCUGCAGGACCUCGUGCACUGGACUGGCCAAACAUCUGACAUUCUCCGAUCUCUGCCAGCAGAGAUGGAGAAAGCACCAAAGACAAUGUCUCGGAGGACAAGAAGAGGCGCCGGAAAAAUAAGGAAGUGAAACUGGAUAUGUGAUAAAAAAAAAAAGAAAACGAAAGGGUGGAGAGGAAGAGGAUAGUAUGAUAAGAAUGAGGAGAAGGAAUUUCAUUGCAGCAUGGAGAAUGUAGAGAGUCAGAGGAUCUGGAUGCGGUCACUGGAAUUCAGCAUUCCAGCAUUUGGAAAGCAUGGGGGGAGGGUUUGAACAAGAUAUUAUUCAAGAUAUUAUUUUAUUAUUAUUUUAAUAUAUUUCUUGGUUAUUAAAAUGAGAUUUUAAAUUGUAGCAAUGAAUGUACAUGUACUGUAAGAGUUUUUGUUUUUUUGUGGAUUUAUUGCCUUUUGAGAUUGUUGAGUCAUAGUAGACACUGCAGACAGGGUUUCGUUUUUUUUUUUUUUUGGACCGUGAUGAUCAAAGUGAGAAAGUGAGUUCGAGUGAGUAUGAGUUUAUUUGUGUAUGUAAAGCAUAGUUCACACAAAAUUGAACAUUCUGUCAUCAUUUACUCAUUUACUAAACCUGCAUUAUUUUCUCUUGUGGACAUAAAAGAAAAUAUACAAAUGUUUGCAGCACUUUAGAUUUCAUUUGUUAACAUUAGUUAGCUGAACUUAACCUAAACUUAACUUCAACAAGUACAAACAUGUUUUUAAAAUCAGAAGUUGUACACUACCAGUCAAAAGUUUUUUAAGAAUGUUAAUGUUUUUUGAAAAGCAAUAAUAUUGUAAAAUAUUUGUACAAAUUAAAUAACUGCUUUCAGUUUGAAUAUGUUUUAAAAUGUAAUUUAUUCCUGAGAUCAAAGCUAAAUUUUCAGCAUCAUUACUCCAGUCUUUAGUGUCACAUGAUCCUUCAGAAAUCAUUCUAAUAUGCUGAUUUUGCUGUUCAAUCAAUUUUGUUAUUAUUAUUAUCAAUAUUUAAAACAGUUGAGUACUUUUUUUCAGGAUUCUUUGAUAAAUAGAGAGAUUCAAAGAUCAGCAUUUAUCUGAAAUACCAUACCAAAUACUAUUCAAAAGCAAUAAUUUCAUUUUAUUUUUUUUUUUAAUUAAUACUUUUAUCUAGCCAGGAUGCUUUAAAAUGAUCAAAAGUGAUGAAAAAGACAAUGUUACAAAAGAUUUCAAUUUCAGAUAAAUGCUGUUUUUUUUAACUUUCUGUUCAUCAAAGAAGCCUGAAAAAAUUCUACUCCAUUUUCAACAUAAUAAUAAUAAUAAUAAAUGACUUUGAGCAGCAAAUAAGAAUAUCAGAAUGAUUUCUGAAGGAUUGUGUGACUGAAGUAAUGAUGCUAAAAUUCAGGUUUGAAAUCAUAGGAAUAAAUGACAUUUUAAAAUGUAUUCAAAUGUAUAUAUAUAUACACAUAUAUAUAUAUAUAUAUAUAUAUAUAUAUAUUUAAAAAUUGUACUGUUUUUGCUGUACUUUGCAUCAAAUAAAUGCCGGCUUGGUGAGCAGAAGAGGCCGGUAGUGUAUCUGUUAACAUUACUUGUAUGUUAACAAACGUGAGCAAUAAACAAUGAACUAUUGUACUAUUGCUCAUUGUUAGUUCACAUGAGCAUUAACUAAUAUUAACAAUUACGACUUUACUGUAAGUAAAAUGUUACCAAAAUUUCUUUCUUUUGCUUGCUUUUUCUUUUUGUACAAUGCAAUUUACUGAUGUCUUGUUUUGUUUGGACCCCAACAUUCUUCAAAAUAUCUUUUUUGUACAGAUUUGGAAGUCAUGACAAAAAGUGAGUAAAUGAUGAAAGAAUAUACUAUCCCUGGAGAUUUCUUCUCAAUAUAAUAAUCUACUGUUACAAAUAUCUUGAACGAUCUACUGUACAACCAGUGAUGUAUGUUUUUAAAAAGUUCACAUUUCUCAUUCAAAUGCUUCUCAUUCCUGUUACAUAUGCAGUGGGCAGUUAUUAAGUGCACCAUCUGUUGAUGUUUGUUUGGAUUACUGCUUUCAUCCACACUUAUGAAACACUCCUGCCCUCUGCUGGCUACAUAAAGUUCUGCUUUUUAUUCCAGGUCAGUUUGUCAGAUGUGACUUUGGUCUUAGUGACAGGGAGAAGUGUCCAGACAAGGCCUUUUCGUGAUGAUUUUGUGAGUCCUUUACACUGAUUUUAGUAUGUUCAGUAUCUACUCAAAAUGUAGGCUAUAUCUUAGCAAUCCUGGGUCGGUCUUUGAUUUAGGUGACGUACUGUAUAGAGAAAUCUGAUGAAAGAGCAUUAAUGAUUCAGCACCUGGUUAUUAUAUGAAGAGACUGGAAUUGGUGAAGAAAGUAAAACGCUACCAUAUAAUAAUUUAUUAAUAAUAAAUGCGUUUUAAACUUGCACUGCAAUAAAUGGCAAUAUCUGAGCUGUCAUUCAAACAGGUUGCUGUC